UUAUAUAAUCGGCAUGCUUUCUUAUAUUUUAUACUUGAAGAAUCGCCUUAAUGUAUAUGUUAUAUUGGAUAUAAUGUAUUCAAUAUUUAUAAAUCUAUUGCAUUUUCAUAUGGAUAUGCUGUACAUGAAUUGCAUUUGUGUGUUAAAGGCUUGUUUCAAGGAAAUUAACAACAAUCUUUCACACAUGCUUAUAGUAAAUAAUGAACCAUGUGUUCUCACGAUGUUUUACUAUGAACAGAGAAAUCCAUUUCUGAUAAUGAAGCUUAACGCUCUAAUGAAGAAGCAUAUGGCAAUUAGCAACGCAAUACAGAUGCUUAAUACGACCUUUAGUGUGCAACUCUUUGCUUCGAUAGUUGUAACCAUUUUACCUAUCAUUGUUAACACAUAUAUACAUUUAGUACAAUGGCAUGAUGGAUUGGCCUUCAAUUUGGAUGAAGAUGGUAAGAUAAUCUUAUCAUUCAUAUUAUAUGGUACUAUAAAAAUGGCGUUAAUUGUGUGGGCAUGCGAAACCGGCAAGAAUCAGGCUCAAGAGAUUCGCACUACGAUUCACCAUGUACUUAACAGCAUCAGAGACGAAAAAAUAAAGUAUGAGUUACAGUUAUUUUCCUUACAAACACUGCAUUGCAAAAUCACGUUUUCCGCCAAAGGUUUCAAUGUGGAUGCAACAUUCCUUGCGAUAGUAAGUAAUGCAAUA